CACAUUUCACUUCACCUUUAAACAACACCCUCUUCUCUUUGUUCUCUCAACUCUCACUUUUGUUUUAUUCCCUUUCUUUUUUCUCCACUAACUCCUUCAUUCAUACACCAUGGUUAGAGAAAGAGUUGUUGAUCUAUGCAUCACUGUUCCCACCUUCUUCAAAUGUCCAAUCUCACUCGAUGUUAUGAAAUCCCCUGUUAGCCUCUGCACCGGAGUCACCUACGACCGUUCCAGCAUCCAACGCUGGUUAGACGAUGGUAAUAACACUUGUCCUGCUACCAUGCAGAUUCUCCACACUAAGGAUUUUGUUCCUAACCGCACUCUACAUAGUCUCAUCCAGAUCUGGACCGACUCGGUUCACCACCGGGUCGACCCGCCCGUUUCACCUUCUGUCCUUUCUAAGGACCAAAUCCUACAAGCCAUCAACGAAUUAGGCUCCUCCGGUUCUAACCGGUUCGGUUCAAUUACAAAAACGGUUCGUUUCGCUCAAGAUUCCGAUCAGAACCGAGCGUUUCUCGCGAAAUUAGACGGUUUCGUUCCUUUACUGGUUAGUUUUCUCGACAAUGUCGACGGGAGCGUUGAAUUUCUCGAACAAAUCGUAACGGCGUUAGGUUUGGUUCUUGAUAAAAUCGAAGAUCGCGAGGAGUUAAAAAACCAUGUGUUGAAGGGAAAGAAACGGUUAUGCUUAGAUUCGAUGCUUGUCGUUUUAAAACGAGGAAGCACCGAUUCAAAAAUCGCAACCGCUAGGGUUCUGAAAUUCAUCUCUCUCGACGCCGAGUCACAGCUUCUAAUAGGGGAGAACGAAACUUUGAUAACCGAAUUGCUGAAUUUAGCGACGCCGGAAAAGGAUCCGAAGCUAAUUGAAAAUUGCCUAGCGUGUUUGGUGGCAAUUUCAAAGCCGAAACGUAAUAAACUGAAGCUGGUGAAAAUUGGAGUAAUUAAGAAGUUGUCGAAGUUACUGACGGAGUCUAACACGAGCGUGACGGUAGUGGAGAAGGCGUUGAAGCUAGUUGAAACGGCGUCGUCGACGAGCGAAGGGAGGAAGGAGAUGUGCGAAGACGCGGCGUUUGUGGCGGCGAUACUGAACAAGGUUCUGAAAGUUUCCAACGUGGCGACGGAACACGCGGUGACGACGCUGUGGAGUGUGUGUUAUCUGUUUAGGGAUCAGAAAGCGCAAGAAGCGGUUACGCAAGCGAAUGGAUUAACGAAGAUAUUGUUGAUGAUGCAGAGUAAUUGUUCCCCUCAGGUUCGUCAAAUGUGUACGGAUUUGCUCAAGAUUUUUCGGGUUAACUCUAAAUCAUGCCUUUCUUCGUAUGAAACCAAGACCACGCAUAUCAUGCCAUUUUGAUCCACUUUCAAAGAGGGAGACACUUAAUUUACUAGUAUUUUUUUUUCUUUAUAAAAAAAAGGUUCUGUAAAUGUAAAUGUAAAUGGAAGGAAAUUUUGUUAGUCGAUAGUCACACAAAUGUAAUAAAAGAAAAUAUUUGUUCUCAAAAUUACGAAUAUCAGUCAAAUAUA